AUGGGCUCCUCCGCUGUACCGCUGGCCGACCGGCUGCCGCAUGACAACCGUGUCGAGAAAGACUCGUUCAAUGUCGUGCCCGCCGUCUUCCCCACGUCUGCCGUCCCCGAGGGUACCGACGUCCGCAAAGUUGCCACCGACACAAUCGCUGCCGUCAACGAGCGCCUCGCCGCCGAGGACUAUAAGGGCGUGGGCGCACUAUUUGCUGAGGAGGGUCAGUGGCGCGACCACCUGGGCGUGUCGUGGAACUUCCGCACCGUUCAGGGCCCCGCCAAGAUUGCCGAUUUCCUGAGUGUCUCCUCGGCCGGUCAGAAGCUUGAGAGAUUCGCCGUCGACGACUUAGAGCCCCAGCGGGUGCCGGCCGUCGGUGCCCUGGACGCCUUUGGCAAGAGCCCCUGUGUCGUCGUGUACACCACGUUUGCCAGCUCCGUCGGCACCGGCCGCGGCAUUGCACGCCUGAUCCACGAUUCUUCUUCGGGCUUGUGGAAGAUUUACGCCUUUUACACGGCGCUGCAAGAGCUGACUGGUUAUGAGCAGCUGCUCGGCGCGCGGCGACCCCUUGGCGCGAGCCACGGCGGCGGCCGCAACAUGAAGAACUGGCGCGAGCAGCGGGACGAAGACGUCAGUUUCACGGUGGCCGAGCCGUCCGUGCUGGUCCUAGGAGCGGGCCAGGGUGGCCUGACGCUGGCGGCGCGCCUCAAGAUGCUGGGCGUCCAGACGCUCGUGGUCGACCGCGAGGAGCGCGUCGGCGACAACUGGCGCAAGCGAUACCGCCAGCUCGUGCUUCAUGACCCCGUCUGGUUCGACCACCUGCCCUACAUGCCGUUCCCGGCCUUUUGGCCUGUCUUCACGCCCAAGGACAAGCUGGCCGAUUUUUUCGAGGCCUACGUGGCCCUCUUGGAACUCAACGUGUGGACGCGCGCGGAGAUCAAGUCGCUCGAGUACGACGCGGCCGCCAAGCGCUACAACGUCACCGUCGAGCGCGUCGUGCCGACAACGGGUGCCAAGGAGACCCGCAGCUUCCACCCGCAGCACAUUGUCCAGGCCACGGGCCACUCGGGCAAGAAGAACAUGCCCGACGUGCCGGGCAUCGACUCAUUCCAGGGCGAGCUGCUGUGCCACAGCUCCGAGUUCCCGGGUGCCCAGCCGCCGCCAGAGAACACCGCGCCCAACGCCGUGCGCCGCGCCGUCGUCGUCGGCUCCUGCAACUCGGGCCACGACAUUGCCCAGGACCUGUACGAAAACGGCUACGACGUCACCAUCGUGCAGCGGUCGUCGACGUGCGUGGUGUCGUCCAAGGCCAUUGUCGACAUCGGCCUGGGCGCGCUGUACUCGGAGGCCGUGCAGGCCAAGCUGCCCGUCGACGACGCCGACCUGCUGCUGUGGAGCGUCCCGACGAAUCUGUCCAAGGCCGUGCAGGUGCAGGCGACGCAGCUCGAGAUUGAGCACGACACGACGCUGCUCGAAGGGCUGCAAAAGGCCGGCUUCGCGCUGGACCGCGGCACCGACGGCGCCGGCCUCUUCUUCAAGUACUUCCAGCGCGGCGGCGGCUACUACAUUGACGUGGGCGCGAGCCAGCUGAUCAUCGACGGCAAGAUCAAGGUCAAGUCCGGCCACGGCAUCCAGCAGGUGACGCCCACGGGCCUCGACCUGGCCGACGGCACGCACCUGCCCGCCGACAUUGUCGUGUUUGCCACAGGCUACCAGAACAUGCGCACGCAGACCCGGGUGCUGUUUGGCGACAGGCUGGCGGCCGCGACGCGCGACGUGUGGGGUUUCGACAAGGAGGGCGAAUUCCGGACCAUGUGGCGCGGCAGCGGGCAGCCGGGAUACUGGUACAUGGGCGGCAACUUGGCGCUGGCGCGGUACUUUGGCCGCUUCCUGGCGCUGCAAAUCAAGGCCCAGCAAGAAGGCUUGAUGCCGUAUGCAUAG